AUGUGUUUGGUGUUUGUGUGUGACGAGGAAGAGAGGGUGUUGGGGAGGCAACAAGCACCAGGGGCAUGUCCUUAUUGUGGAGGGAUGGUUCAGGCCAUUGAUGUAGAGAUCCAAUGGAGGUUCUGUUUUCUGCCGUUUUGCUUUAAGACCAAACGUAGAUACUGCUGUUCCAUGUGCUCAAGGCGACUAAAGGUGGUGUAA